GCGCGCCUCGCGUCUCACGCUUCCCCCGCCCGCCCCCGCUCGUGCCGCCCCUGCCAGGGACCCCCAGGAGCAGGAUGUCCUUCCAGGGCAAGAAGAGCAUCCCCCGGAUCACGAUCUUCACCUCUGACAGUCAAUGCCGAGUUCCAUCAGUGACACCCCACUUUCCACCUAAUCUUCUGCUUCCCAGCCAUCUGAGUGACCGCCUUCUGAUCAGAGGUGGGAGGAUCGUGAAUGACGACCAGUCCUUCUAUGCUGAUGUGCACGUGGAAGACGGCGUGAUCAAACAAAUUGGAGAAAACCUCGUCGUCCCUGGGGGCAUCAAGACCAUUGACGCCCAUGGCCUGAUGGUCCUUCCCGGUGGAGUUGACGUCCACACAAGGCUGCAGAUGCCCGUCCUGGGCAUGACCCCGGCUGACGACUUCUGUCAGGGCACCAAGGCAGCACUGGCAGGAGGGACCACCAUGGUCUUGGACCAUGUCUUCCCUGACCCGGGCGUGAGCUUGCUGGCAGCCUACGAGCAGUGGCGGGAGCGGGCAGACGGCGUGGCCUGCUGUGACUACUCUCUGCACGUGGACAUCCCCCGCUGGCACGACAGCAUCAAGGAGGAGCUGGAAGCCCUGGUCAAGGAGAAAGGUGUGAACUCCUUCCUGGUCUUCAUGGCGUACAAGGACCGGUGCCAGUGCUCUGACAGCCAGAUGUACGAGAUCUUCACCAUCAUCCGGGACCUGGGGGCCUUGGCCCAGGUUCACGCUGAGAAUGGGGACAUCGUGGACGAGGAGCAGAAGCGAUGGCUGGAGCUCGGCAUCACUGGGCCCGAGGGCCACGUGCUCAGCCACCCCGAGGAGGUGGAGGCUGAGGCUGUGUACCGAGCUGUCACCAUUGCCAAGCAGGCCAACUGCCCAUUGUAUGUCACCAAGGUGAUGAGCAAGGGGGCGGCCGAUGCCAUCGCCCAGGCCAAGCGCAGAGGGGUGGUCGUGUUUGGGGAACCCAUCACCGCCAGCCUGGGCACUGAUGGCUCGCACUACUGGAGCAAGAACUGGGCCAAGGCCGCGGCCUUUGUCACGUCGCCCCCUAUCAACCCAGACCCCACCACGGCGGACCACCUUACCUGCUUGCUGUCCAGCGGGGACCUCCAGGUGACAGGCAGUGCCCACUGCACCUUCACCACUGCCCAGAAGGCCGUGGGAAAGGACAACUUCACGCUGAUUCCCGAGGGCACCAACGGCAUUGAGGAGCGCAUGUCUGUGGUCUGGGAGAAGUGCGUGGCCUCUGGGAAGAUGGACGAGAAUGAGUUCGUCGCAGUGACCAGUACAAAUGCUGCCAAAAUCUUCAAUUUUUACCCAAGGAAGGGGCGAGUGGCUGUGGGCUCUGACGCUGACCUGGUCAUAUGGAAUCCCAAGGCCACCAAGAUCAUCACAGCCAAGAACCACAAUCUGAAUGUGGAGUACAACAUCUUCGAGGGAGUGGAGUGCCGGGGAGCGCCCACAGUGGUCUUAAGCCAGGGCCGAGUGGUGCUGGAGGACGGGAACGUGCUUGUCACCCCAGGGGCAGGCCGCUUCAUCCCUCGGAAAACAUUCCCAGACUUCGUCUACAAGAGGAUAAAAGCUCGAAACAGGCUGGCGGAGAUCCAUGGUGUGCCCCGUGGGCUGUAUGAUGGGCCCGUGCAUGAGGUGAUGGUGCCUGCCAAGCCGGGGAGCGGUGCCCAGGCCCGCGCGUCCUGCCCGGGGAAGAUCUCAGUCCCUCCUGUGCGGAACCUGCACCAGUCAGGGUUCAGCCUCUCGGGGUCUCAGGCUGACGACCACAUCGCCCGACGCACGGCACAGAAGAUCAUGGCACCACCCGGCGGCCGCUCCAACAUCACCUCUCUCUCCUAGAUGCCCAGGCCCUGCCCUGUGAGCCCUGCUGGCCCCACUCAAGGCCGCAGGGGCCCCAGAGGACUUGCCCCCCUUAGCAUUUUCCUUUGUAGAAGUUUCUUGAAGGUGCUUGGCGGCCUUGCCUUCCCACUCCCCACAGGCUCUCCUUGUGGGGUCCCAGGUCCUACUGCCAUGAGGCCCUGAAGAGAAGGGCUGAACCUGGGGAGACGUCACUGCCAGGGUGAGGUGGCGCCACACGGCAGGGACGGUGCCAGCAGCCUGAGCUCAGGCACCCCAGUGCCCACUGAGCCCGGCCUGGGUACAGGGAACCCGCCGGGCUGCACAGAGCACAUGGGAGCACUCUGACACCGAGUCGCGCCUGGUGGGCAUUUGCGCCUCCUCCCCACACCCAUCACUGCCUCGCAGAGCCCCGCGCUCCCGCAGCUCCUCUCCAGAGGCCUGUGCCCGUGGCGGGCCAUCGGAACUCGGUGCAGCACAGCCCGCCGUGGAGGGGUUUUCCACACGCCGAGGCCCACAGCUGAGCUUUCGUAGUAGCCCCCGUCCAGGGAACCCUUGUGAUCCUUUAGGAAGACACUGUCCUUUCAUUACAGACUGUGUUUCCAUAGGCUUCUUAGUAGCAGCUCUGUAGGUGAGGACACCUGUAGCCAGGAGCCUGUGCAUGCCACCCACCUCCUGACACUGCAUCAUCCGGCCUCUGAUGUGAAUCAGGCCCAUUAAAGACGUCUGGUGCGUGGAAAA